CUCAUCUCUAUUUCUUCUAAUUCCUUCUCUCCCAUCCUUCAAACUUCUUGGCCUUUUUUUAAAUUUUGUUUAAAACUUAAUUUUAUAAAUUUUACAAAUUUAUAAUUUUAUAUUAAUGGCCGUUGUUGAUAAUCCUCAGUUUUCAUCUCCUCUUGGGCCGCCGGCUUGCGAGAAAGAUGCCAAAGCCCUUCGUUUCAUACAGGAAACCACUGCAAAUGCUGACUCCGUUCAGCAAAGGGUUUUGGCUGAGAUUCUGACCCAAAACGCUCACACUGAGUAUGUCAACCGGUUCCGGCUCAAUGGAGCCACGGACCGGGACACAUUUAAAUCCAAACUUCCUGUUGUUACUUAUGAAGAUCUCCAACCUGAUAUUCAACGUAUUGCUAAUGGCGAUCGCUCUCCUAUUUUUUCAUCCCAUCCAAUUUCUGAGUUCCUCACCAGUUCUGGGACAUCCGCUGGAGAGAGAAAAUUGAUGCCCACAAUUAAAGAAGAAAUGGAACGGCGUCAAUUGCUUUACAGUCUUCUCAUGCCCAUCAUGAAUUUGUAUGUACCGGGAUUGGACAAAGGGAAAGGGCUUUACUUUUUAUUUGUGAAGGCAGAGACUAAGACUCCUGGAGGGUUGGUGGCUCGUCCGGUGCUGACUAGCUAUUACAAGAGCGAUAUCUUCAAGACUAGGCCUUAUGACCCUUACAAUGACUACACGAGCCCUAACGAGGCUGUUCUAUGCGCUGAUUCCUUUCAAAGCAUGUACACUCAAAUGCUAUGUGGCUUGUUGAUGCGUGGCCAAGUCCUCCGAGUCGGCGCGGUUUUCGCCUCCGGCCUCCUUCGCGCCAUCCGCUUCCUCCAGCUCAACUGGAAACAGCUGGCACACGACAUCGCCACCGGAACCCUAAACCCUAAAAUCACGGACUCUUGUCUCCGUGAAUGCAUAACCACCAAAUACUUAACAAACCCGAAUCCAGAGCUGGCGGAAUUCAUCUCCAAGGAAUGCUCCACGGAGGAAUGGGAAGGAAUUAUCACGAGAAUUUGGCCGAAUACUAAAUAUUUGGAUGUGAUUGUGACCGGAGCCAUGGCUCAGUAUAUUCCCACGCUCGAAUUUUACAGCGGGGGUUUACCUAUGGCUUGCACUAUGUAUGCUUCCUCCGAGUGCUAUUUCGGGGUAAAUCUAAACCCAAUGUGCAAACCCGAUGAAGUGACUUACACCAUCAUGCCAAACAUGGGUUACUUCGAAUUCCUCCCCCACGACUCCUUGUCUCAAGCUCCCGCUCUCUCCCGUGACUCCCCGCCUCGACUCGUCGACCUCGCGGACGUCGAAGUUGGGAAAGAAUACGAGCUCGUGAUCACAACUUAUGCCGGAUUGUGUCGGUACCGAGUUGGUGAUGUGCUCAAAGUCACCGGGUUCCACAACGCUGCGCCACAGUUCCGAUUUGUGAGGAGGAAGAAUGUUCUUUUGAGCAUCGACUCCGACAAGACCGACGAGGCUGAGCUCCAGAAGGCGAUCGAGAGCGCAUCGUCUCUUUUACGAGAAUUCAACACCACCGUGGUGGAAUACACAAGCUAUGCAGAUACUAAAACAAUCCCAGGACAUUACGUCAUAUAUUGGGAGCUUCUUGUGAAAGAUAAUGAAGCAAUGAAUUGUCAUCCAACGGAUGAGAUUUUAAAUCAGUGUUGUUUGGCUAUUGAAGAGAAUUUGAACUCGGUUUACCGACAAGGCCGAGUUGCGGACAACUCAAUCGGACCGUUGGAGAUCAGGGUGGUGAAAAACGGGACGUUUGAAGAGCUAAUGGACUAUGCGAUCUCAAGAGGCGCGUCGAUCAACCAAUACAAAGCGCCACGGUGCGUAAAUUUCACACCCAUUGUCGAACUGCUCGACUCUAGAGUAACUUCAGUGCACUUUAGCCCAGCCAAGCCGCACUGGACACCGGAACGACGUCGUUGAGAUCAACCAACAAAAAAUAAAAUAAAAAUUUCACAUUAAAAAAAAAAAAAAAAAAGAAAUUGAAAGAGACCCAUAUGUGUAAAAAGAUUAUUAUUAUGAUGAUGAUGAUGUAGCAGCCAAGUAGAAGAGGAUAGAGUUUGAGUUUGUUGAAUUAUGCAUAUGGCUUUUAGAAGUGUCUUUUUUUUUUUUUAUGGAAAAUUAAUUUUCUAAGUUCAUGUGUCAUGUCUGUGUAAUAAGGUUCAAGUAAUUAAUGUCUAAAAUAUGGGGUUCAUGAUGUAAUUGUUCUUUUACAAAAAUGUCUGUUGGUCUAUUAUAUAUUGAAUCUUUUUGUC